UUAGAGCGCCAAAGCUUCGGGUUAGAUCCGGGUUAUGCCACGCCCCCCUUGUUCUACCUGCUCCAACUCCUCGGUUCCACCUGGAUGUUCAGAGGACACAAGAUGAGUCUACCAGACUACAAAAUGACUGGCAAACCAGCUUCAUCUGCGAUAUCACACUCUCCUGUCGUUCAGUUAAAUGUUGGGGGCCACCUGUUCAGCUCCACACUGAGCACGCUCAGGAAACACCCAGACUCCAAGCUGGCUGAAAUGUUCAGCAUUCAGCCCAAAGUCAGCACCGACGCGCAGGGACGCUUCUUCAUCGACCGUGACGGUUCCCACUUUGGAGCUGUUCUGGAGUUUCUGAGGUCAGAGAAGCUGCCCACGGAGAACAUCCAGCAGGUUUACAAGGAUGCGGUUCACUACAACAUCAAACCUCUGGUCAAACGUCUGGAGGAGACGCCUGAGCUGUUUGGAGAGUUGGUGGGGAGGCAGCAGUUCCUCUCCAGGGUCCCCCACUACAAAGAGAACAUUGAGGUUCUGAUCCGUAUUGCCAGAGCAGAGGCCGUGGCCACGCGCCAGUCCACCAUCCUUAUCUGCGUCCUUCGGACGGAGGAGGACUUGGGUUUUUAUGACAACGCCAUACACAGCCUGGAGGCGGAUAAGGAGUCUGUGGUGACGUUCGGGCCGUGGAAGGCCGCCCCGUCUGUCAGAGACCUCCUGGACUGUGUGAAGAUGGACAUCGAGAGUCGCGGCUACAAAGUGAACUUCGAGGCCCACCUUCCAGAGCGAGGCUUCCUGUCCAAGCGCUACGACUUCUUCUACAAACUCACCUUCACCUGGUGGUGAUGAGCCUGCUUAUGUGUUCUAUAAAAAACUUUCUGUGGGUUAAAUCAAAGGACUGCACUUUAUUUCUAUAUGGCUUAAAGAGAAUGAGCUACACCUUACACAGAUGUUUUAAGGUGGGCAACAUUUAUAAGAAGUGUUUGAUGUCCAUCAUCCUAACGUCACAUCUACAGUCAUUCUCUUCAAUAUAUGUGCUGCUGACGUCACACAGGUGUUAAUCUUUUAUGCUCAACUGUUUGCUUUAAACAUUUUCACAGCUUUCUGAGGGGAUUUCGCUGCCUGCGGGCAACACUGCGUCAAGCCCAUGACAUUAGGCAAUCUACAACACACAGAACAAAAAUGUGUGAAGAGGCAAAAGAGGAACCAGCAUCCUGGCCGAAAGCAGAGCAGCCGCCCAAGAGUUAGCCAUGUAACAUUUCAAAGCUGCCAAACCACAUCCUGUCAGAUGUUUGGUGGGGUGGAGGGGCACAGAAAUGGUGCCCAUGAAGCUUCUUGGCUGUGGCCGCGUUGUUCUAGAUCAAUACAUCAUUUCCUCGACCUGGGAAUAAAAGAAAAACCUAUUCACAGAAUCUGAACUUAAAUGUUGAGUCCAACCUUUUGUUGUAAAAGUGAAUGUAUCAUGGUGUCUCUUUUGCUUCUGAGUGAAAACAUCUGAUUUCAUUUGAUAGGAACAGUUGAGUAAUGCACUGCUCUAAUCUGGCCGCUUGGUGCAUUGGCUCUAAAAAACAUUUACUGCAGACACUUUGACUUAAAAGAAUUGAAUAAGCAUAAUAACGAAAGUUGCCCAUCUGUGGAAGAUCCCUGGCUGAGUGUGAAAAAUAACCCCUUUCAUGAGGGGUGCAGGAGUUUACUGCUGUGGCUCAACAGGCUCAUUUUGGAGUAAACCUUGAUUGUUCUGGUUCUGGAAUGACUCCUAAUAUGACCCAUCCUAAUGAUGAAAGCCUUCACCCAACCUUUUAUUAGUUUUAAUUUAAAAUAAAAGCUUUAAUUCAAAGAUUUUGCAUGGAAGACAUCUGCAGGGCAGAAGCAGAUUGAGCCUUGGUGUCCCACGAAUAAAUCCUGAUUAUCCUGAAGAGGUUAAUUUGCAAGCAUGUCGAAAAUUAAAAUGAAUACAGCGCAUUAAAUAAAAGCCAGUGCAACCAGUGUAAUUUAGAAGUUAUCAAACUAGUAGAUAAAGACCACCUAUGUUUUAUGUAAUUUAGCAUAAAUCCAACUGUUCUUUAAAUGUCUCAGGUUUGUUGCAGAACAUCAUUGAGCAAACAGCAUCAUGAAGAAAGAGGAACACGGCAGACAGGUCUGGUAUAAAGUUGUGGAGAAGAUUAAAGUGGGGAUAGGUUGUAAAACAUCCCAAACUUUGAACAUCUCAUGGAUCACUGUUCAGUCCAAUCUCUAUAACCGAGACAUGGCCUUCCAACUUCACCGGCCAUCCUGGCAAGCUGUUUAUUAAUUAGAGAAGCAUCUAACAGUCACAGCGAAGCUGGAGGAGCUCCAAAGAUCCAUAGCUCAGGUGAUGGUAACUUCUGACAGGACCACUGCUGGUUGUUAUUAUUUGAUGAUGAGACUCAUUUGUCAGAUUAAAAGUUAUUUUUGAAAAUAACCUUUAAGCAGGUGUUAAACAUAGUUUUUACUGAGCCCCCCUUUUCUGUAUUCAAAAUGUUUUGUUUUUUUAUUGGUCUGAUACGCUUAUCCUAAAUGUCAUGUCUUCCUUAGCUGUAAUCAUAAAAUCAUAAAGGCUUGAAACCAUCAGUCCGUGUGUUUCACUUCAUAUAUUGAGUUUAUUUAUUGACUGGUUCGGUCUUUAUAUUUCUUUACAUUAUCGCAGAUUUGUUUUUUAUGAUUUGAAAGAAAGCAGACAGGAAGCGGGGUGGAAAAGCAUGCUGCAGAGGUUGCCGGGGCCUGGACUCGAACCCGGGACAACUCCGUUGAGGUCUGAAGCCUCCGUAUAUAGGUUAGUUACUGCUACACCGCCAGUUUUCUGUCCGCAAUUAAUUAUCAGCAAUUAAUUAUCAGCGUACUAUGCACUCAAGCUCUCUAUGGGGGUUUUAUACUUGGUGAGACUUGUUCAACGCGGAGUAAAAAUUAAAGCGGUGGUGAGAUGGUCAAGUCACUAAGCAACUACAGCUAAGUUGUUUCACUGCCAAAACAGCAGACCCUGACCAAUAAAACCCUGCUGUUGAGAAAGAGAUGUUGCAUUUAAAUUUUGUUCCAGUUAUUUGUUUUACUAUGUUUAAUGCAAUUUUGAAAACAGAUUUACACAUAAAACUGCACAAAACAAUUCAAAUGUGAAUGAAAAUUGCCGUUGGUUUACAAAUCCACAAAUUUACUGAUUCUGAUUUUUAUAAAUGGCUACAAAAGCAAUUUAAAUGGACAUAAAUCUCUUCAGUUGGAGGGUAAAGUCAGUGCAGUAUAUCAAUGAACAAGCUGGAACAUCUGAACCUCUGUAAGCUAUCAUGCAAAAUAUCAUAAAAUGCCUUCUGAUCAAUUUACCAAUAAUAAACAUGAUGUUUUCUCAU